UCCCCUUAUUAGACAUUCUCUGGUUUAAUCUAACUAGCUGAAAUGGUCCGUGAGUUAACAUCGCACAUCAUGGUGGAUCGGAUCAACCAAAUGUCAGACGAAGCGGCGUGACUCGUCUGCGUUCCAGUAACCUAGCAACGGUGCGGAAAAAAAAAACGUUAGAGCAGCGUAAUGAGUGAUAGGCCUACCUAUUUUUACAGUCUGUUGUACAUAGGCUACUUUUGGUAUCUCAUAGGUUAAUAUGGCUACCACAGAACAUUUUAGACACAUUUGUGAUAAGAUGGUGAUGAUAACUGUAAAGUUAUGUUAGUAUGUCUUGUCAACGCAGUAGGCCUAGUGGCUGCUAUACUGCUCUGUUUCUCCCAUGCAUCUGCUCAGGUGUCUUCAGUGUUGUUGUCAGCCAACCCAGGAAAUGAACUGGUUGUGGGAGAAACACUCAUUUUAACCUGCAGGGUUAUCACAGAUGGCUCUGAGGCCCCUCAGCUGGCCUAUGGCAUAUGGAGGGAUAACAUCAGGGUGUCCACCACAACACAAAUCCAGGGCAAGACUCACAGUUUUCUUAUAGAAGAUGUCACCACAGAACAGUCUGGAAAGUACAAAUGUGUAGUAACUCUACCUCAGGGUGAGCAGAGGGAAAGUGAGGAUGUACAAGUGACUGUGGAAGACAUCCUCCUGAAGCCCACACUGACAGUGAGUCCUACAGAUGGAAGAGCGUACUCCGAGGAUACCGUCCUCCUGCGGUGUGGAUUGCAUCAGCACCGCGGCUGGAAGUACCUCUGGUACUAUGGCUCUCGUAGUGCACCCCCACUGGGGCAGAUCUGGGAUGGGGGAGGAGGGGAGGCGGUGUUCAGGCUGUGGCGCUCCGCACUCUCAGACACGGGCCGGUACUGGUGCAAAGCGGGCAGGGGCUCGCCCACCUUCUACACAGAGUACAGUGACUCAGUCUACCUCAAUAUCACAAAUUUCUUCAGCCGUGUGACCCUAUCUCUGAGCCCUGGGGUGGUUCUAAAGCAGAACGAGCCAUUCCGCAUUACCUGCAACGCCCAGGUGAGCGAGCGAGAGAGCCUGAAGCCUGAGAACAGCUCCAGACGCACUCAGGUGAUGUUCACCUUCUUCAGGAACGGCCAGCCUCUCCUCUCCAGCUCCGCUCGCUCCGUGGUGACCGUGAACCAGGCACGCAGGUGUCACUCGGGCAGGUACAGCUGCACGGUGGCCUCAGGGAGAGCCCAGCUGUCCAGCCCAGAGAUUCAUGUCACCACAGACGUAGCAGACACCUCUCUACUCAUGGUUAUCCUGGUGGGCGUGGCUCUUGUCAUAGCUGUCACGCUGGCUGCGGCCUUCAUACACGAGCUGCUCCGCCGAGUUGUUCCUUCAUCCAUGGCUUGUCUAACCCGUGUCAUGUCAGAAACUGCUGGAAGAGAAAGUGCUUACCGCUGCCCAGCCCAGGCUGAACCUGCUGCGGGGAUCAGUCCUGGUACAUAAAAUGUCUUGUUCUUCACAUUA